GCGUCGCUGUUCAAGUUUGAAAUAGCCGAAUUACAGCACGACCCCUUCCUCCAGCUCUUCAUUAACAUCAUUCAGAAAUGACCUCACGCGCAAAAGGGGUCGGGAAUGAGUGUAGCCGGACGGAGAGUUUCGCGCACGGAGAGUAGACGGUUUGUUGUCUCACCACGCUGACACCGAGGCGCCGAAAGGAUGUUCUGCGCUAAGCUGAAGGACCUGAAGAUUUCAGGAGAAUGUCCCUUUUCCGUGCUGGUCAGAAACGAAGAACAGGGGGGUUUCGGAGGCGACCGAGCCAGAGAUGCGCUGCCGGUGUCCACCGAGGUUCAGAGCAGUGUGGAGAGCUCCGUGCCCAAACGCAAAACGAGCAGGAGCAAAGUUAACCUGCAUUCUCUGGGCGAAAGCGUACGAAAACUGGUCUGUCCUGAGUUUGAGAAACUGAGAAGUGCGAUGGUGAGAGUGAUAAAGCAGGAAAUAGACCUGACCUGCCCUGCAGGACACAACACAGAUCUUUGUCAGAUGUUGGAAAAACCUGAGGACCUACUAGAUGUCAUGAAGAUAUAUUCACAGAAAACAGGCAUUCACAUGGACAUGUUGAAGAUAUCCUUGGGCUUGGAAGUGUUCCGAGACUGCUAUGAGGAGGACAGCCACAUUCUGGGCGUGGUCGGGGGCGCCCUCCACGAUUUCCUCAACAGUUUCAACGUCCUUUUAAAGCAGAGCACGCCCCCCACUGCCGAGGCUCGCCAGUAUGUGAGCCAAGCCUCUGUCCUGUGCCUGGACAAAGACCCUGGACUCCUCACGGUGUAUUAUUUCAACCCUCACCCCACCGCAGAGCUUUUCUUCCCUGGGAUCAUCCAGGCAGCGGCUAGGUUCCUCUACUGCACACAGGUGGAGGUCAGGAUGGACUUUGCGGGGGCGAAGGACAGCGGCGCCCUCCAGGCCAGCCACCAGCCUCAUCUCCUGUACGCUGUGGCAGUGAGGGAUGCCAAGAGCCUGACGCCGAGCCCCAUGAGGACACACUCGUCUGGGGAUAUCCCUCUUUCUUUGCUCUACACUACCUUUCCCUUCCAUAUUCUCUUGGACCAGGACAUGGGGCUGCUGCAGAUAGGAGAUGGACUGAGGAAGCGCUUGGGGCGCAGCAGAGACAGCCAGAGGAGGCCAACGUUUGAGGAGCACUUUGCCAUCGUCUUGCCUGAAAUACGGGCUAACUUCCAGGGCAUCCUGACCAUGCUGAACACCCAGUUUAUCCUACGAGUGAAGCAACAGCAGUCGUCCGGUUCUACAGCCAGCUCUGGAAAGCACAUGGACCUGAAGGGCCAGAUGAUCUUCAUGUCUGAGAUGAACGCCAUUCUGUUCCUUGGCUCUCCGUGUGUGGACAAGCUUGAGGAGCUGACGGGCCGAGGCCUUUACCUAUCCGAUAUCCCUAUCAACAAUGCUCUUAGGGAUGUGGUGCUGGUGGGAGAGCAGGCCAAGGCCCAGGACGGCCUGAAGAAACGUCUAGGCAAGGCCAAAGCAGCUCUGGAGCAGGCACACCAGGCCUUGGAGGAAGAGAAACGAAGAACUGUGGAGCUCCUCUUCACCAUCUUCCCUGGUAACGUGGCCCAGCGCCUGUGGCAAGGCCUCCCUGUGCAGGCCAAGAAAUUCGACCGAGUGACAGUGCUGUUUUCAGACAUCGUGGGCUUCACGGCCAUUUGCUCACGCUGCACGCCCAUGCAGGUGGUCACCAUGCUCAGUGAGUUGUACACCCGCUUCGAUCGCCACUGUGGUGAGCUGGAUGUGUACAAGGUGGAAACCAUUGGAGAUGCAUACUGUGUUGCCGGAGGCUUGCACAAAGAGAGUCCGACCCACGCUGUACAAAUUGCUCUCAUGGCCCUAAAGAUGAUGGAACUGUCCGAUGAGGUCACAACCCCCAUGGGGGAGGUCAUUAGGAUGCGUAUUGGCAUCCAUUCUGGCUCCGUUCUGGCUGGCGUGGUUGGUGUAAAAAUGCCCCGAUACUGCCUUUUUGGCAAUAAUGUCACUUUAGCCAACAAGUUUGAGUCCUGUAGUCUACCAAGGAAGAUCAACAUCAGCCCCACCACCUACAGGUUGCUAAAAGAUCGCCCCGAGUUCACAUUCAUCCCGCGGUCGAGAGAGGAACUUCCGCCCAACUUCCCCUCCGACAUCCCUGGCAUUUGUUACUUCCUCGAGGCGUCCGAUCGAAGGACAAAUGACACUCGCAGAGACUCAGCAACAGAAACAUAAAUAGUUGCUCUCCGACGACAAACACUCUACACAGUGGGUUGAUUACUGCCUGGUGCUGUACGCAGUAUAUAUCUCUUGAGCUGAGCCAGAGGUAGCAAGUAAUUCAGCAAUAGAAAGUUGCCAAAAAGUGUCCGAAAGAAAAAAAAUGGCUUAUUUAAAAAGGGGUUGACUAAGCACUGUUUAUGUUUUGCUUCGUAGGAUUCUUUCUUGAAGCCACCUCAGACUUUGGGUCACAGGUAUUAUGCAGAGCAUCUGAAAGACUGACCAUGUCCUAGUACUUUCUGAAGGGCCACUUUCAUUUGGAUUUCUCCACGGAAACCAUCCAAAUCGUACUUUGGAAAAAGUCUAAAGUCUCUAAGUUUGAGUACUUCCAAAAAAGUUUCUCUCUGUUAUUGCUUGUACUGAUCCUCCUUAGAUAUGCACAUACGCAGUGAAAUCACCAGUGUUUUAUUAACUCCAGAGCUAAAAGCCACAGGAGUUCAUUGAACACUAGUCAUUUUUACUUAUGUAAAAGUGUCAAAGUGAAAAUAAUCAUUUUAACACUCUGAAUACAGCACAUUCGACUCAAUGUCUGGAUCACGUCAAUGUAUUUGCUCACAGUGGAUGAAAAGUCACAAAAUCACAGUAGGCCUAACUAUAUCACAGCAUAGCUUGACCACAAUGAAUGUUCAAUUAUCCUGAAAAUAUAAACAUUUAUAAUGUUUCAUUGUGACUUUUUUGUAUUGUGAUAGAGCUAUAAUAAACAUUGUGACUACUCAA